AUGGCACAUCCUUUGUAUGAAGUCGAAGAGGAGAUACUUAUAAGACUAGAUGUGGAAGAUCUCCUCCGAUGCAAGAGUGUCUGCAAGGCAUGGUCGACUCUGUUGUCGAGUCCACGUUUCAUUAAAGCCCAUCUCCAUCAUCAAUAUGAUAAUGACCAUGACGAUGAAAGAUUUAGACAUCGAAGAAUUACUAUAACUAAAGAAGCCGAAUACAUUUCAUCGUGGAACUAUGCGAUUGACGACAACUUCUUUGGCCUCAAUGACCGGCAUCUAAUUGGUUCGUCAAAUGGGUUGGUGUGUGUCUCCCCUUCGCCUGCUAAAAUUCUAGUAGUUAAUCCUUCGACUAGAGAGGUAAAGAAAGUAACCAAGCACCAAAUUCCUGAAACCGAUUCUCUGUGUUGGGGCUUCGGUUAUGACUCAUCAACAGAUGAUUAUAAACUUGUCUUAGGGUUUAAGAAAGAUGAAAAUCAUACAUGUUUUCAAGUAUUUAGUUUGAGAUCCAAUGCUUGGAAGGUUACCGGGGAGAUUAAUUAUGUUUUUUAG